AUCCCAGACAAAGAUAGGAUCUACGUAGUACAAUCUACAUCAAUGGUUAACUAAAGAAUAACUUUCGUCGCAUAACUACAUAAGGAUUACUUUUACCAUGUUUACAAAUAUAGACAAAUUGUGUUCCAAAAGAAAUGAAGAUUGACUGGUGAGCUGAGUUGUGAAUAUUUAUUUCUAUACAUGGGAUGCAUUCAAAACAAUUCACUGGAUGACCGAGGGAAGGUAACUUUUACUAGGUCAUUCUGUUAGAUGAUGUUUGGAAAAUAUUUUCCAAAUAAAACAAAUAUGGAUGAAACAGACUCCAAUGACCUUAAAAAAGGAAACGGGGAUGCACCAUGGCUAAACAAAAAAGUUGGAAAUGCACCAAGAAGAAGUAGGAAAUUGGACAUUGCUGAUGAAGAUUUCGAUGACCAUGAAAAUCAAGAAAGUUAUCUUCAAAGACAAAUUCGAAUGAUUUCCAAUAAUCGAUCAGGACAAGUUAAUGAAAAAGGAGAUACAGUGAAAGGUAGUUCCACCGAAGAAAGAAAUUCAGGACUACAAAGAAAACCAAGUUAUCAGUUGAUGCCAGAUGAUGAUUUUGAUGACAUGAUACUUAAAGACAGUAUUGGAUUUCCACAUGAAAACAGUAUGAAGACAACAAGGAAACAGCCAAGAAAUGUUGAAGAGGUUUCGGUGGAGUUAUCAAGUAUGACAUUGGAGGACAGUAUUGGUUUUCAUCAAUGUAGAGAAGUUACACAAAAAAGAAGUUUUGAAUCUCAUGAUGAAGCAGCAGAAGAAAUUAAACAGCUCAUUAAGAAUCAGACAAUUUCUUCCUCAGAAGGACAGAGAUUGUUACAGGAUCUUCAGAGUCGCCAAGGAAACAAAGGUUUUAUGAAUAGAAAUUUUAAAGACUCGCAAGGUAGAAAUAAUAAUUCCCGACGAAGAAGGAGUUUUCAUUUAAGUAGUGACGAGGACGAGGCUGAGGAGAUAAGAGAGCUAGUCAAAAACGAGACACUUUCUGCCACUGAGGGUAGGCAGAGACUUCAGGAUCUUCAAGCUCAAAGGUUUCCAAAUCGUGGUUCCUCAAAAUCAAACCAGUCAUCCAAAGGCAUACCCUGUGCUUUCGAUGCUGAUGGACUUCCACAGAACUGGAGCAGGGAAUCUCCCUUGUCUCAUUCCAUGUUUAGACUGAUUCCCUUGUGUGUGGGUAAUGAAGAGUGUGACCAGAUAUACAGGGAGAUGGAGUGGGCAGGUCUAGAUGUGGUGCAGGUCGAGAGGUUACAGAAUCUGGAUUCCUUAGAAAAGUUCAAGGCGGAGAUGAAGCACAUGGCAAGGAGGAGGAAUUCAGAUGAUGAUUUAAAUGUUCGUUACCUGUAUCAUGGCACGUCUGUGGACAAAACUUGUAUAUGUGAGGAAGGACUGGAUCAGAGACUCAGUAGAAUGGGUUACUUUGGUAAAGGAAUCUACUUCAGUGAUAAUCCCCUGAAGUGCCUUAAUUAUGCAAGAAGUUCUGAUACAAAAGGAGAGUCAUACCUUCUGAAGUGUCGUGUUAUACUGGGGGAUCAGAAGUGUUAUGGAAAUGGAGAGUAUAACACUACACUAAAGAGAGAGCCUGAAAAGGCAAAUCCUAAACCCGGAUCCUCAAAGUUUUAUGAUUCUGUCAUGGGUUGUCCCAAAGACUACAAUGAAUAUGUGAUCUAUGAGAACAGAAGAGCUAUGAUUGAUUACAUCAUCACAUUCAAGGUCAACCAGCAAGGUCAAGACACAUUACGAGAGAGAAUUCCUAGUCCUAUAUUUGACAGUCAGGGAAGAGAGACAGGUUUUAUAGGAAUAAAAGCACCUGCCAAUGAAGAUGAACAUUUUGACAGAAUUAGCCAGGUUAGAGAAGCCAUAAGGAGGAAGAGAUGUGAGGAGAGAGGACAGGAAUAUUCACCUCCUAAUGAGGAAAAGAAAAUGAAGGACAAAGAAAUGUGGUUAAGGUUGCAGAAAUUACACAACGUGGAUGAAACCACACUACCAAGUUUGGAAGAGAAAAAAGCCAGAUUGAGACAUGCUGCCAGUGAGCCUCAGUUUCAGCCGGAGGAUCUAGAGGGAGCGUUUACAGAGUCAGCCACAAACUCCACAAUGCUUCCUCAUUCUCAGAGCUUUACCUGUGGUGCUGGAGAUGAUGAUGUAGAGAAAGUAAUGACAUCACUGAUUGCUGAGUUUGUGGAGGUGACGAGUUGUGAUAACUCGGAGACUGCUCGAUAUUACAUUGAAAAAUGUAAAAUGAACAUUGACCAGGCUAUUGUAUGUUAUUAUGAUGACAUGCCUUAGUUAUCUUCAAAAGAAAAAGUGAUUGUUCCAAAGCUUCCAUGAAAAUUAACGCUUGAUUAGCCAUUUUAAAUUAUUUAUAAAGUGUCAUUUUAAUGACAGUUUUAUCAGAGUGAACACCAUAUUUGAAAGGAAUUUUUAUAAUCAUCAAAGCAUGGGAGAAAAGUGCUUGAAAAUACCAAAAGAUGCCAAGGUGAUUUGAUUUGUUAGAGAACAAAGGUCUGGAUGCUAAUUUGACACAGAUACUUUCCAAGUGCUGUGUAGAAAUGAGAGAAAUGAAAUAUAUUCAAUAAAUUGUGAGUGACAGCUACAUUAUGAAAAACGACUUGAUGGUGUUACGAGAAUCCAGAAGCCCAGAAUAAAUUGAAGCAGACUGAAAUAAACACUUAGCUAAUUGUUCUACAGACAAGAGAAGACAGGGGCCUGCCGAAAUGAUUUCCGAUUGCUAAGAAGUGAGAAGAUAAAUCUAAAACUGGUUAUUGCAUUAAGUCCUGAAUAAAUGAUUUUUGAGAAUUAGGAAGUCAGAAGAGAAAUGCGAAAGUGACAAUUACAGUAAAGAUAUUGGAGUGCAAUGCACUUGUUUAAGGAAUAGUUACGUACUGCAUUGCUUGACAUUGAAAUUGAUUUAAAUGCAAUAAGGAAAUGAGAAAAACAGAGCACAUUAAUUUGGUUAUUCGGUCUUCAAGUUAAGUUUUUAGUAUUUAUAAUAUACGUUGAAAAACUUUAUUCAAUUACCAGCUUACAAAGUUUAAUGUUCUCGAUAAGACGUUUUAAAUUUCGGCUGUUCUACCAAACUUAGCCAAUGAAGCUUUAUAAAAUGUGUACUGUCACGUUUCCUAGAUGGUGAUCCAACUAAUAAUACAUGUAUGGUUGUGCACUUGUGUGUAUUCCCAAAACCUGAUCAUAACUCUUGACAGAUAAAAAUAGUAAAAAAAUAUGUAUAAAACGAAUUUGUAUUGUUUGCAUCCCGUAUGUAUACGUUCUAGUAUAGUGUUUUUAUUAAGAGGGCCGACUGGGGUUUUCAUUGCGCAAUAAUUUGCGCAACAGUUAAAUCAAGCUUAUUUAAUAUUUUAAAGCAACUGUUUUCACAUGAUUUAUAAAAUUUAACAAAAUUAAGAAAUCAUUGGUUAAAAAAUCUUAGUAAAUUUUGAAAUAACUGAUUUUUUAAUCGAUUUUUUCAAUUGAUAAUUAUAUGGACGUCGUAAAGGUGUGUUUGAGACGUUAUAAUAAACUGAAGUUCUCUAAGAGGGUGUCUUAAAAAUGUUAUAAAAGAAAAAGUAUUAAACAUAUGCUCUUCAAAUUUAAAACGUAGGUAUUCGAGUAUCUCAAAUUUAUUUUUUGUUAUUUUUUGUAUGAAUCAUUAUUAGCUGUCAUAUUUUGUGGUACACCACAAAAUUCGUUAAUUUUGACAUUUUGAGAUGUCCCCCUU